UACAAUUUUAAUGAAUAUUGUAAUAUAUGAAGAUAUGUCUUGUUGUAUGUUUGAAAGCGGAAAUCAAAUUUCCGAUGUUAAAUUUCGUUUUGAGUUCAAAUUGAUUUUGAAAAUCUUACGUAACGAGGUGCAAUCAGAAACGUUGUAAGAGCACAAUUCACUGCUCUUUAUUGUAGAGAGCAUUUAUUCGUAAGGUGAGAAUUCAAUGUCAUGGCAACGUUUUCUUCGGCCAGCGUCAAUAUUCAAAUUGAGCGUUUCAAGUGGGGAGAAUGCCUAAUCGACACAAAUACACUUCAAUAUUUAUGUACGUGAUCGUAUAUGUAUACGAAAUACGUGUGAAGUGUAGCGAAAGCGCGUCUAAGAAUAUAAUAUAAGUAUUGGGUUGAGCUCUGUUGAUUGCAAGUAAAUUUUAAAUUUUAUAUACAUCUAAUACAUGUGAUUGGAUUAAUAUAUACCUUUUAAGUCAAUCAGUUAUAGGACCGGCGCUCCUUAAAAAUUCCCAUAAAAGAGUGUAAGACAGUUGUACAGAAAGAAUUUGCAUUACAAUGGGGUAAGGUAUCGUAGUUGUGAGAAAAUCAUAUCUUCAAAGCACACGUGUACUCGUACAGUGUGAACCCAAGAACUGUGUUCUAUGUUUGGGUGAGAGAACAUCCUGUCGUGUGCUCAUAAAUGUGUGUUUGCCAAUGUUCACGUAUUGCAACUCGCACUGUUUGAAUAUUACGUAUACAUAUACGAACGGCACAUAUGCAAGAUGUGUGGCUUGUUGGGAGCUCGCUCACGCUAGUGGAGGAAUUGCUUGACUAACUUGAUAUAGCUGCCGUUUGCCUUUGUUCGCACAUCGAGUGCGCCGGAGUGUUAUAUCUUAGCGACGAAGCUGGCGCUGUUUCAAAGUAUGCUCGCUAGUGGUGGCCUUGCGCAUAGUGUAUUGAGGCGCGAGCAUUUAGAAGUGGUGCGGUGCUGCGCGGAGGAAUGUCGCAGGCAAACGGUCAUUUCGAUUCAAUUGUGUGUUGCGUGUGUUGACAAAAGAAUCUCUGUUUUCAGUGUAAAUUUGUACUCCGCAUAGCACAGUACGAAACAUAGCUUGAAGCGGUAUUUGUAACGUGUACUAUAACACAAUAAUAGCUGCGUCGAAACCAAUUGAUACGUCGGAGAUUCAUCAAUAAGCUAAAAAAGUGUAAAUUUUUUAAUUCAAAUCGACAUCGCGUUGUAUUAUUAAUAGAAAAAAAGGGGAAACAGUUUAUAAUGAUUGCAAGCAUUAAAUAAUAUUAUUCAAUUUCAAAUAAAAAAUGUGGUGUCAAAAUAGUCGGUAUUUUUGGUGAAUAAAAAAUGUACCUAGUAUAUAGGAGUACUUAAAUUUAUGAUAUAAUCAAGCGUAUAAAGCUAAUGAGUUUCUUUAUAAACAUUGAACUAAACAAUUCGCUUUUUUUCUUUCAACAAUAUUAUAUUGCCACCCAAAUUGGAAUCCACCUGCGCCACCGAUACAUAUAUCUGUGCCACAAUUAUUUGAACAUCUUACGCAUUCUCUAUUAAAUAAAACAAUAACAACAACGGAAACCACUCAACGUGUAAUCAAUCGGAAAUCUGCAAAAAAUUACAAAAUUAAAAAAAUAUAAAUUUGUGUUUGUUUUGAUCGUUAAAUGAAUUUUAUUAUCGACACCGGCAAAAAUAUACGGCGGUCAUAAACGCUUGGACAUAUGCUCUGCCAAUAUAAUUAAUAUACAACAAAUACAAAUAAAUAAAUAUGGAAACAAACAAUAAUAAAAAUACAAAACUUCGAGUUGCUUGUGUAAUUUGUUUCCCUUGAAUGGACUACUUCUUUAUUGGGAACCAUAAACUCACGCGUCGCGCUUGUACAUAUGUCAUUUUAUGGGCAUUGGAAUACCCCCAAUAAAAAUAUUUGCUACACUUCAAAAUAAACAACAACACAAUCAACGAAUGUGACAACUCAUGGAAAACAAUCAUUAAAUGACUCCAAAUUUCAAAACGCCGUUAACUAUUUUUAAAAUAAAUGAUUUAAAUUCUAAUAAUAAAUAAAUUUGGAAUACAAACUUUUCGACUUACCAAAAUAAAUAAAAAAUAAAUUAAUUAAAAUUAUGAGAUAAUUAAUGUAACUAUUAUAAAAUAAAAUUAAAUGUGAACAUGUAAUAAAUCAUAAAAAAUACGUUAAAACGUUUGUACUAACUUGAACAAAACACAUUCUAACCCAUGGGCCCAGCUGUAAACAUUUGCUCUUGUCUACCGUUUGCCAAAAAAAAUUAUUGCACACUCAUACUGCUGCUGAAUAAUUGCACCACCGUCGACAACGUUUUCUCUUUUAUAAUUCUCUUCAUUCACAUCAAAUAUUCUCUCUCUGACUUAACGCUUUACCACUCGUCUGCAUAUAUUACGUAUAUUAUUCUCUUUGAUAACGGUUGCCGGGUUGUGAAAUCAUUUUAUUUGUUUUGUAAAAUCACACAACCGAUUAAUGCAAUUGAUCGCAUAAUUAUUUAUCAUACAUCUUAAUAUAUAAACACCACGCCUGGGAAAUCCGCGCUCGCGCUAUACAAUUGUCUCGGUUGUUUGCUAAAAUACUUGUUUUUGCUUUAUCCGAAUCGCUCUCAAAAUAACCGUAAUUAUUCCACCACUCCCCCAAACCCCAACAAUCCCGCUGGCGUGUGCUCUCUACGACCCCCACGAUGUCUCGGCAGUCGGGUCGCACGCCGCUGCCGGGACUUGGUGGGGGCCACAUCAUCACGCUCCACAUCCAACCGCUACUGCUUCGUCCACCGUCUCCGCUGUUUCGGUUAUCAAUCAACAACCUGCAACAAAUACUAUCAAUCAAUUGCACCACCACCCGCAUCACCAUCAUCACCAUCCGCAUCUGCAACAUCAUCAUCAUCAUCUCCAACACACUUUGCCGACUGUGUCGGCGAAUUCAACCUCACUUAUACCGACGGUCGCUGUGCUUCCCCAACAACAACAAACGACACCCACGUCACAUUCCACGCCUACUAAUGCGGUUAUGUAUGAAGAUCCCCCUCCAGUGCCAAUUGCUUCCGUGCAACAGCAACAGCAACAGCAACAACAACAGCAGCAACAUCUCCUGCCCACUCAACAGCAGCAACAGCAGCUCGCAGCUGCACCAAUUGGUACUGCCCACAGUCCUUCCCAAACAUCUUCAGGUGCACAACCUCAAGCACAGCAACAUCUCACCUCUCCACACCACCAACAGCAACAACAGCAAACGAAUAGUGUGCCUCCUAGUGCGUCUACGAACCUCCAGCAACAACAAAAUUCAGCAGUGGCGUCCGGCCAAACACAGAUUGUUGCGCCGUCAACGGCGAGUGUUUCCCCCUCCAGUGUUAGUUCCCAACCCCCAGAUAUGUCAUUGUUAGCACCUCUGCACAUACCCGCGAUUCGACCUGGCUUUGAGGCUGAUGCGACGGCAACAGUUAAAAGACAUCCUCAUCCUUGGGCUUACGACGGUGAUGGCUUCAGCUCAGCACAAUAUCACGCAUCACAAUACUUUUUAGACCGAGACCGAAAGCCGGUUUUUUAUGGUUACCCCGAAACACAAUAUCAGCCGUAUUGGAAUUACCGGGAACAACCUACACCUGCUGCAGCGGCCUACAUGAGCGCUAGUGAUGAACGACAUGCUGCCGCAGCUGCUGCCCGCCAAUCCGUCGAGGGCACUUCGCAGUCUAGUUAUGAAACGCCAACGUAUUCUUCACCAAGCGGGCUGCGUGGGUACCCAAGUGAAGCUUAUUCAAGUUCAGGUGGAACUGGUGGCAUUCCUGUUGGUACAGUUGGACCUUGUACUCCCACUAAUGCCCUACAUGAAUGGACUGGACAAGUUUCGGUGCGAAAAAAGCGCAAGCCCUACUCGAAAUUUCAAACCCUUGAAUUGGAGAAGGAGUUCCUUUACAACGCGUACGUUUCCAAACAAAAACGUUGGGAGCUAGCAAGAAAUUUAAAUCUUACUGAACGGCAGGUAAAGAUUUGGUUUCAAAAUCGUCGUAUGAAAAAUAAAAAGAAUUCACAACGUCAAGCCUCCCAACAGAAUAACAAUAACAGCGCCAAUAGUAAUCAUAAUCAUGCGCAAUCGACGCAACAACAUCACAAUACUCAUCAUAUGAAUUUGGGAUUGAGCAUGGGGCAUCAUACCGCGAAAAUGCAUCAGUGACCUUUGGACAACAGCAGUGCCAGCGCCAUGGGCUUCCCCACCUACUAGCAUUUGGUGAACAUAAAAACCGAAAUACAGCCGGAAUUUCAGUAAAUGACAAAUUCAACCUACAUCUUUAUGUACAUCAAGAUAUUGCCGUAACUUAAUAACUUCAAUAUAUUAGUAGAAAGUUGCUUACAAUCUACACAUUUAUACAUAUAGACAAUUAAAGUUCAGAAAUAUUAUCGUGAAACAACAGUAAUCAGAGAGAUUACCUGUUGAACCCUUUAUUGCAAAGAAAUAAUCAUUGUAUCUAAAGUUCUUAUUUUUUUAUUGCUUGUUUGAAUUUUUGUGUAUUCAAACCUUUUACCAGUGUAAUUUCUGCUAAGGGAGUGUUGCAAUCCAUAGCUUUUUAUGUAAAGUUCAAAUUACUUUUAUUCGGUUUAAAUAGACAGUUUCAUUGAUUUGAUUAAUAAGAUUUUUUAAAAGUUUAAGUACAAUAUAUAGAGAAAGUAAGGGUAAAACAAUGGCAAAUAAACCCAGUAAUUUGAAUUUUACAAUAUAUCAUAGGGAAUACAUUUUUUGCAGGUUGCUAGGCUGAUGUUCGCUUAUUGCAUGCAAAUAUUAGAGUAUGCAAUUUGUAAAGACAUGAUAGAGGCACUGCUAAAGUCAAAGUAAUGUUUGAGGUAGACUAUAACUAAUAACAAAUAUCUUAAAUAUAUUUAAACUUUAACUAUAUCUAAAAUAAUAAUUAAGUAAUUUAUAUCUAAUGUGGAAGUGUAGUUUAAAUAGUUGGCUCUUAAAAAUGAUGUAUAAAAGUUUUGUCAAAUUCUCAUAAAAACCUAUUUAAUAUACAUAUGUAUCUUAACUAAUAUAUGAUUAAACCACAAUUAUAUUUAAAGAAUAAUAAAACAGGUUAAACUUAUUAGUGAAAGCAAGUAUUGAGAAAAAUCAUUUAAUAUUUAUGAGAGUCAAUAACAAUGUUAAACAGAAAUAAGCAUUAUCUAAGAGUGUAAUCUCGUAAAGUUGGAAUAUAAUGCGCACAUAAACACUCACGUAAUAUUUGCACAUACUUAUGCAAAGGAAUACUUCUAUAAAAAUGACUGCAUACGAUUGCAGUCAUCCAUGUAGGCAAACAUACGUACAUACAUGUGUUACUCAUUAAUCCACUAUAUUAUGCAACAUAAAUGAGAAACAGAAGAAGAAAUAAAAAUAUUCCAAUAUCAAAACUGCUUGUACUUCUAAAUGUAUUUGCAAUGAACGUGUCAUAUAUUGUCGCUGUGCACUACAUGUUUUUGUCGUCUUUGUAUUGUAUUUUAAAAUAAUUAUUGUAAAUACAUAAAUUAUGAAUGUACGUAUAUUAACAAUAUUUGAAACCAAAAAUUAUAAAAAUUAGUACCGAUUAAAUUUCAGGACUAGUUUCGCUGUUUAUUCUAAAUAAAAUGCAGAAAAAGGCUGGCAAUUUAAAAAUUUGACUAUAACUUGAAUUAGGUAAUGAAAGCUAUUUGCACUCUUCCAGAGUAGCGUAGUUUUACGGGCAGAUAUUCUUUUCUUAAUUAUUGGGCAUUUAAUCAUGGAACUGGAACAAGUACUUGCAUUCACUGCUUUAAGAUUUAAAUAUACUUCUUUUAUUCAUUCAAUUUGUAUCUUAUUGACAAAAUAUUGCAUUAAUUUUCCUUGGCAUAGUUAGUCACAUUUAAAGAGCUCCACGUCCGUAAUAUUAUUGUGUUAAAUGUCAGUUGCAUUAUUUUUAUGUAUCAAAAAUAAUUUGUACCGCUUCUUUCGAUGGCAUAAUAUCGAAUUGCAAAUAUUUUAAAUAAAAAACUGAUAUACAGGCUUGAAGACAAAGCGAAAAUUUUAUAUAAUUCCGGAAAAAAAUGAAGACAAAAGUGAAUAUAAAAUUAGUAUAUUGUAAGAUGUAUGUGUGUUUGUCUAUUAGUAAUUAGAACGAAAUCAUAUCUAGUGAUUUUUUAUUAGCUAUGUUAACUACGUAAAGUUCUGCAAGUAAAAUAUAAAAGAAAUAUAUACAAAAGUAUUAUAUGUUCAGAUAUAUAAUAAUUAUACAUAUUUCAGGCAACUUAAUAAAGAUACAGACAAUUAUUCAUCGUUGGUCGCCAAUUUCAAUUGCAUAAGUGUGUUUCUAGAUCUAAAUUCAAUUACAUUUGAUUUUUGUUACGGUUGUUCACUUAAUUAGUUGCAAAUUGAUCGCAUAUUUGGAAAAAAAUAUCUUACGAUGAAGUGAUUAACGUGUAUAUCUCCACAUAUAUCAUAUAUACCAAAAGCUAAUAUACUUAUUAAUAAUGCCUCUAAAUUUUUGUAAUACUUUUUGUUUAAGUUAGACAUUUAUAAUAAUUAUUUUAUGUUGAUAUUUAUGUUAGUCUGCGUAUUAAAUUGCAACAUGUGUAAUUUUUUAUAGCGAAUUUAGUAGUUACAUUGGUUUAGUUGCAUCUCUCUACGAUACAUGAUAUACUGUACUACAUUUUUUCUAAGACAAAGUUAUUGUGAAAUAUCAUGAUAAAAUAGUAAUAAAUAACAAUGAAUUAAUUAAAAAA